AUGGUUUCAGUCUCUAAAUUGAUCAACAAUGGUUUGAUCUUAGCAAGUCAGCAGGUUUUCUCUCCAGUUGCGUCUCCGGAACAAGCAGCAGUCGAACAAUAUAAUAUUCUUCAUUUCUUAGGUGGAGCUGCUCCAUACAUUCAACAUCCAGGAUACGGAAUAUCAACCGAUAUCCCAUCUGAAUGUACCAUUGAGCAAGUACAGUUGUGGUCUAGACAUGGUGAGCGUUUUCCUUCAACUAGCAGUGGUAAGAAGUAUGAAGCACUCAUCAAAAAGCUCAAGACUUAUAAUGGAACCUUCACUGGGGACUUGGCGUUCUUAAAUGAUUACUCUUAUUUUGUUGAAGAUACAUUCUGGUAUGAAAAGGAAACUACUCCAGCAAAUUCUGAAGGUUACUUCUCCGGAUCCUCAAAUGCUCAAAGACACGGAGCUGCAUUUAGAGCUAAGUAUAACGCCUUAUUUGAUGGAAGUAAGCCAUUGCCAGUCUUUUCAUCAAACUCUCGUAGAUGCUUUCAAACUUCGAAUUACUUCGCCAGAGGAUUCUUAGGUGAUAACUAUACCGAAAAUGCUGUGGACUACGUCGUAAUCUCCGAAGCUGCUGACCAAGGUACUAAUUCGUUAACUCCAAGGUACGCUUGUAAUGCAUACGAUGAUGAAAUUAAUGAAGAUUUGUAUUCCAACUAUUCUACUCAAUACUUGGAAGAUGCAAAGAAAAGAUUUCAGAAAUCAAACCCAGGUUUAAACAUUUCAGCUGAUGAUGUUCAAACUAUGUUCGAUUACAUUCCAUUUGAAAUCAAUGUUAAAGGUUAUUCGCCAUUCGCUAACAUAUUCACCAACGAAGAAUUCCUUCAUUACUCUUACUAUAAUGAUUUAGAUAAGUACUACUCCAAUGGCCCAGGUCACAAUUUGACCAAAGUGAUUGGAUCUACUAUCCUCAAUGCAUCUUUAACUUUACUACAGGAUACUGAGGCAGACAAUAAGAUUUGGUUAUCAUUCUCCCAUGAUACCGAUUGGGAAAUUGUGAAUGCUGCCCUUGGGUUAAUGGAUCCUGAGCACCCAUUGAGCCCAGAUGCUGUCCCAUUUCCUAACCCAUAUGUCCAUUCAAGAUUACUCCCACAAGGGGCAAGAUUUUAUACCGAAAAGUACUCUUGUGGAAACGACUCGUACGUCAGAUAUAUUCUCAACGAUGCUGUGAUCCCAUUAAAGGGUUGCUCGGGUGGUCCGGGCUUCUCGUGCAAGAUGGAUGAUUUCGAAGAAUACAUCGCAAACAGAUUAGAAGGUGUCAACUGGGUAGAACAAUGUGAGGUAUAUAGCAAUGUUUCUCAAUCCAUUUCAUUCUACUGGGACUACACUACUACCAAGUACAAUGCUACCUUAAUUAACAAAUAG